AUGCCCACCUAUGAUGAAUUCGUGGAGGAAAUCUUCUACUUUCCUAGUUUUCUCCAGGGUGAUGACGAAUUUGAUGUCGCCGAAGACCGAAGCACUUACCGCGAUACGGCAAACUGGUGUCUCUUUGGUGAGAUCAUCACAGUCAAAACCAUUCCCCGUCUAACCCUGGUCUGUCGCGAUAAAAAGGACUGGAUAUUCCACGUCCGUUUUGAUUUAGAUGGCGAUGCGCAGGUUGAACGCCGUAGAUUCAUGCCUGGACACACCGUUGCAGUCUUGAACACCAUAGCCAAGAGAUUCUUGGAUGGGACUUAUUGGAUGGAAGGCGUUUAUGUGAAGAAGUUGGAAAACUGUCGGGACUUCCCAAUGGAACUGAGUGAACUUUUCCAAAUGAAUACAGAACUCGUCAAGUAUACUGAUGGAAUUGACAAGCAAAAAGACACUCGGCCGUGUGGAGCCUGUGGCAAGGAAGGACAGGAACUCAAGAAAUGUGGCGGCUGCGGCUAUUACUACUAUUGUGAUGCGGCAUGCCAGAAGACGGCUUGGAAGCGCAAGAACCACAAGAACGAGUGCAAGGUCCUUAAGGAUCCCAACAUGAAGAUGCUGCUGAAUCUCAAAGCCGCCACCGAACCUCUCCGGUUCACAAACUGA